UUUGUACAACGUUCGCCGGCUACACGAGGCACCCUUGCCGGAUUUGCAUCAAGAUGUGGUAAUCACAUUUGAAUAGCAGUCAGGCGGAACAAUCGAAUGCCCGAGAUGAUUCGGUCGAAUCUUUCGAUGAUCUUAGUCGUAUCUAGUUCAAGCGAUGGUGCUCAAUCCACUCGAUUGAACAACACGAUGUCGGCAAAUAGUGAAAGCGGAAAUAGUGAUGAUGACGCCAGUGCAUCAAGUUCUCGUUUGGCUUCAACGAAGGAAAAGGAUCGUCGAGCUGAAGGUGGGCACGAUCGUGAAUUAAAUGGCUCGGUGCUAGCAAAUAGUGAAAUUCGAUAUGGUAAUUCUGAUGAUACCAUUACAUCAAGUUCGAAUUUGGCUUCAACGGGUGAAAAUGUUCGGAAGAUCUCAAUGAAAGUUUUGCACGUCUGAACAUCUUACCGAAUGUGAUGCGAAUAAAAGACGAACCGGACGAUUAUCCGCAAUUGGGUAAAAGAAGGGAGAACAGAAUCCGCUAUUG